CGCCGCGGGCUCGCCACAUCGCUACUCUUGACUAACAACUCUCCUUGGAGCAAGGAAACGAGAGCGGGUGCGCAAACAUGGUGGCAUUCAAGGUGUCCGUGGCUGUCCUCCUCUGUGUGGGCUCGGCUUUCGCUAUCCCAGCCGGCGGCAAGGACCUCGACGCCGCAGCCCAGACCCAGGCCGGCGUUCCCCCCCGCCCGCAAAUCAACUGGGGAAAGUGCCCACAGCUUCAGCCAUCUGAGAACGAGAGGCAACAGAAGGCCCUAGUCAUCGACCAAUGCCUGGACAAGGUGCCCCUUCCAGACGUUGACACCGCCAACGACACUGUCAUCCAGCAGCACCGUCAGGACGUCACCACCUGCGCUCUCAAGACCGAGGGAUGGUUCAACAGCAACGGCCAGUACCGAUUCGACCGUGCCAGGACCGAGAUCCUGAACAAGAAGCUCGCCAAGGAUGUUGAGCCCCAGGUCCUGUCCAAGCACGACGAGUGCAAGAAGGAGGCCGAGGAGAAGUUCGCCAAGAACUUCGUGGCCCAGGUUCAGCUGUACCAGGCCUGCAUGGACUACCACAUCUCCCAGAUCUGUGGCAUCCAGAUCGCUCAGGCCGCCGAGGCCCACCCACAGGGAGCCCAGCAGGGUUAAGCAGCAGGUCGUUCUGCAACUUCGGACAGCCUCUAGCUAAUCUAAAGUUCUCAAAGCAAGUUGUGAUCCAAAUCCCGACAGCUGGACCGACCUGAACCAGCGCUCUUCAGCCUCCAGUCAUCUCUCCCCUCGUUUUCCGACUUCCAGCUGAACUGCCUUUUUUUUUAUUGUCGUCUUUAACUGUUUUUUGCGGGGAAAUGGUAAUCAGGAAUUUCUUAAAAAGUAUUGAAUACAUUAAAGGAAAUAGAGGCGGUCUUGUAAAAUAUGUAGGAUUUUCAUACACUUUUGUACGUUAAAUCUUCCCAUGCCCAACUUCAGCCGUCAAUAAAAAAAAGUUUCAUUUCCCCA